AUGGCGAUGCACCGCAGAGGCAGAUACUCCCUCCCAAUGGCCAUAGCUGCCUUGUUAGUCCUGGCCUUGGCCCCCUUGCUGUUACUGGUCAUCAGUCGGGACCCUUCCCUGAUCCCGCUGUCGGACCCGGGUGGGAUCCAGGGAGGCAGUCCUCUCCAGAUAAUGGCCCGUCAUCGCGGCAGGCAGCUACCGUGGAAGAUGGACGAGAGCGUCGAUCCAGCUACGGUUAGGCAUGAUACUCGACGCCAUGGCGCAAGUCUGCUCCAAAGACCUCAAAAUUUGUCGUACAGUCACCCUAAGGAACCCCAGGAGCAAUCAACCAUCCAGUCCAGAAAUGUUGUCCCGGCAGAACUCAAAGACACCAUGGGCAACUACGAGCUCAAUGAGCCCGCCCCUAGGCGGCGCGGGGUCGGCGAGAACGGAGUGCCCGCUAAGCUGCUGGCGUCCGAGCAGGCCCUCUACGAACAGAGUUAUAAGGAGUACGGGUUCAACAUGGUGGUCAGUGACCGGAUCUCGCUGGACCGUGCUUUGCCGGACAUUAGGGAUCCGCAAUGUAAAUAUUGGCACUACCCAGCCACCCUGCCAUCAACGAGCGUGGUGGUGGUCUUCCACAACGAGGGUUGGUCAACAUUGAUACGGACCGUUCACAGCAUCAUCAACAUGACGCCAUCACACCUCCUGCUGGAGAUAGUCAUGGUGGAUGACUUCAGUGAGAAAGAACAUCUUAAAGACUCGUUGGAGGAGUACAUCGCGCAGCCGCAGUUCGAAGGGAAAAUCAAGCUGUUCCGCAACACAAAGCGUGAAGGUCUGAUCAGGUCACGGAUCACUGGUUCCCGACAGUCCCACGGUGAGGUGAUCACGUUCCUGGACGCACAUUGCGAGUGCAAUGUCAACUGGUUGCCGCCUCUGCUGGCAGAAAUUGCUGCAGACAGGAAGGUAGUUGUAUGCCCCACCGUAGACGCUAUCGAAGCAGACACAUUCGCCUACGGUCCUCAGAUUGAUGGGCUGUGUCGAGGCGCAUUCGACUGGGAAUUCUGGUAUAAACGGAUUCAUGUCGACUACAGCAAAGAGCGUCUGGGAAUGAAGUACAGCAGCCAGACGUAUGACUCUCCCGUGAUGGCGGGAGGACUAUUCGCCAUUGACCGGUCCUACUUCUUCGAGCUCGGAGGUUACGAUCCGGGCCUUCAGAUCUGGGGAGGUGAAAACUUCGAGAUUUCUUUCAAAAUUUGGAUGUGUGGUGGUAAACUAAAGUUUGUCCCCUGCUCGCGAGUUGGGCAUAUCUACAGGAAGGGUGUGCCUUACACGUACCCUGAUCUAGGGACUGGUGUCUCAGUAGUGCGAACGAACUACAUGCGAGUAGCAGCAGUGUGGCUGGACGAGUACGAGGACUUUUUCUACGCCAACCAGCCAGAGCUGCGGGGCAAGCCGUACGGUAACAUCACGGAGCAGGUCAACUUCAGGCGCCGGCACUGUCCUAAGUCCUUCGAUUGGUUCAUGAAGGAAGUGGCGUUUGAUACACUGGAGAGGUUCCCUCUACCACCUGUCAACAGACUCUGGGGAGAGAUACGAGGGUUGUAUAGCGACAUCUGUCUGGACACCAUGGGCCGGGACGAAACGGACGGCAGAAUAGGCGCGUCCCGUUGCCAUGGUUUGGGCGGGAACCAGCUAUUUCGUCUGAACGUUGCCGGGGAGUUAGCCUUUCACGGUUACUGCCUCGUACCAGCCGGGGACCGAGUCAUAAUCAGGGACUGCGGUCACGUGGGCAAAACAACAAUUUGGGAGUUUGACGAGGGGACUGGCCAAAUCCGGGAGAUGAACACACCCAACUGUAUCCACCUCGACAUGGGAACUUUUGAAGUCACUCUCAAAGACUGUGAUAUUAAUUUAUCAGCGCAAAAAUUUCAAAUAGCGCCGCCAACGCCCAGAUGACACAGAACUUAGUUCACCCGAGCAAUGGGCCUCAUGCACGAGUUGUCCAUUUUUGUCGAGUUCCCUGAAUGUGUUUCAUUAAUUGUUAACUGUUGAAUGGCAUGGCGCCAGACUAUU